AUGGCUUCCAUAAACCCCGACAGCGGAAGGAAUCUAGCGACCGCAAGGGUGUUGGGUGAGCGAGGCUUUCCGGCUGAGGGUCAGGCUAAGCAUUCUUUGUCUGUACAAGAAAGGGCCAGGAAGAGGAAGUGGAACAUAUCUGGCGACGAACACCGAGUGUUCGAAGGAGGCGACGUCACUACACGGAACAGUUAUGCUGAGAGUACAGACAACUAUAGGGUUGAAAGUGGCAGACCGCAACUAUAUGGCCCAGGAAAGACCGUAAGGCUGUACGCGUCUCAUUCGAACGCGCUCGACCCUGAUCGUAGCAAACGACAUAGACAUGGAGCACCAGACUCCCCACGACAGAACAACCCCCGGAAACGCAACAAGCAAAAUUUGGAGAAGGCACAGCAGCUCGCCCCGAACUAUCCUGAUCUCCGAGAUAUCGAAGCAUGGCAAAAAUUAGGCCAGAACAUAGAGCGAAAGUUCCACAGAGAAUACACAUUUGUAUAUCGACAGUUGCGUCUGAACCAAUGUCCUAAGGCAUUGGCAUACACCGAGUGGAGGAAGAGGGUACAGCAAGAGAUGGUGGGGUUGGGCUUGCAAGAUGCAUAUACUCGGCCUUUUGUAGAUAGGAUGCCUGGAGGUGAAGUCAAAGAUGAGGCUAAGGAAGAAGUGGCCCAAGAGGCGAUGAAGGAAGCGGAGGAAGAACGGGCACGGAGAGAAAUGGAUAGGAUGAUUGCGGACGAUGGCCUUGACAUUGAUAUCUACGGCGAUGAAGAGACGAGGAGGAAGUAUGAACCCUGGAUCAGGAGUCGAAUGGAUCGAACGUAG